CUAAACAUCAUGAUUCUCAUACAAUGGAUUGAUAUCAAAAUAGUCAAACAAAGAUACUAUAAAGGUAUAUUCAAUCGCAAUAAAAUGGUGCAGCAGUGCUAUUUGUGUAAAAUUUAUAAACAUCAGGCUGGAGCGGAAUCUUUAAAAUUUCAUUCGUAAGUAUACAUCUUGUUUAUGUUCAGAGGCGGAUCAUGGCGUCUCAUUAUCGAGAAACUUGUUGAUAGCUUUCGAUUUAUAACUGUAAUAUUCGAAAUUCUAGCCUUCCCAAGAACCCGGAAAGGAGAAAAAGGUGGUUGUCGGCCCUUGGAUUCGAGGAAAACCAUCAAUUUCCUAAGAGGGUGGAGCUAUGUUCCAAGCAUUUUGGAGAAAAUGCGUUUGUUUAUGGAAGUGGGGGACAAAAGACACUCAAGUGGGAUGCGAUUCCUCUCAUCUCUCAUUCUUUGUUUGAUCCUGCAGUAAGCACCAGGUAAACUCUUAAUACAUAAUAGACUAGUUUUUCUAAUACAGUAAACAAAAAAGAAUAGUUGUAUUUAAUAAUAUUUAACAACCACUCAUUUUGAUUCUGAUUCUAUCUGCUGUUUAACUUUUCAUAUAAGAUGAU